CGCCUCCUCGUUUCGGGACUCGAAUCGUAAGAAACCUAAAAAUCCGAGAACAGCAACAAUGCCGCCGAAGUUGGAUCCGAGUCAGAUCGUGGACGUUUACGUCCGUGUGACCGGAGGAGAAGUGGGAGCAGCGAGUUCUCUAGCUCCGAAAAUCGGUCCGCUCGGUCUCGCACCAAAGAAGAUCGGAGAAGACAUCGCCAAGGAAACGGCCAAGGAGUGGAAAGGAUUACGUGUGACCGUCAAGCUAACGGUGCAGAACCGUCAGGCGAAGGUCACGGUGGUUCCGUCGGCAGCUGCACUUGUCAUCAAGGCGUUGAAAGAGCCGGAGAGAGAUAGGAAGAAGGUGAAGAACAUCAAGCACAACGGGAACAUUUCAUUUGAUGAUGUGAUUGAGAUCGCUAGGAUCAUGAGGCCUAGAUCUAUUGCUAAGGAAUUGAGUGGUACCGUGAGAGAGAUCCUCGGGACUUGCGUGUCUGUUGGGUGUACUGUGGAUGGUAAAGAUCCUAAGGAUAUCCAACAGGAGAUUCAAGAAGGUGAAGUUGAACUUCCUGAGAAUUGAUCCAAAAAAAUGGCGUGUUUGUUUCUUUUGGUAUUUGAGGUUUUAUUAGCUUCUUCUUAUGUUUUGUUUAGUACAAGAGCAACUCAACUCAGUUUUGGAUUGUUAUUGCAACUAUUUCACUAUUCAGUCCCAAUUUUUAUCAUUCUGUUUUGAA